UAGUAGAAUAUUUUUAAAGGUAAAUAUUGACGGAUGGAAAAUAAGGCUUAUGAUAGCAUUUUGAUGCAGUUGGAUAAUUCUCUUUUCUCUUUAUUGUCUCCUCCCAACCCCCCCCCCCUUUUUUGGCUAGGGCACAAUAGGUCAAAACUACAAGAUAUGCUUGCUAAUUUGAGAGAUGUUGAUGAAAUUCCUUCAUUGCAGCCAUCUGUGGGUUCACCUUCCAGACCCAAUAGCUCCAGGCUUCCUGAACAUGAAAUUAAUAGGGCAGAUGAAGUGGAAGCAUUGACAUUUCUUCCUUCUUCUGGAAAGUCAUUCAUCAUGGGAGCAGAUGAAGCCCUUGAAAGUGAACUGGGUCUUGGAGAACUAGCAGGCCUUACAGUGGCCAAUGAAGCAGACUCACUAACUUACGAU